AUGGUGAUGAUUUCAAGAUCUGCUGGAAGCAUCUUCGUCUGCCUUCCUUACAUAUUUAUCAUCCUCUCUGGCGGGGAGUUAUCUCCCCUUGGAUCCUUGUUACUAGACCUUGUAUGGUUAUGGGGUGUUGUCAUGAGAUGGUCAGAGGUGAUUUGUUGUGAAGGUUUGAAGAUUUUUCAGUUCAUGGUUAAGCUCGGUGCUUAG